AACCCCCUAGCUCCUCCACUGCAGAAGACGAGCAGAAAUGGCUGAUUUCAAGGGAGGAAAGCUGCUGGCCGUCAUUGGAGACGAAGACACAUGUACGGGGUUCUUGCUGGGAGGUGUGGGAGAAAUGGACGCCAAGAGACAGCCCAACUUUCUAGUCGUGCGAAAAGAGACGGCCGUAAGUGACAUCGAAGAAUCGUUCAAAGCAUUCUUGACCAGAACAGACAUAGCCAUCAUCCUCAUCAACCAGAACAUAGCGGAGAUGAUUCGUCACCUGGUGGAUGCCCAUGACAAACCAACUCCAGCAAUUCUUGAAAUUCCAUCCAAAGACCAUCCUUACGACCCAAGUAAAGAUGGCAUACUUAGAAGAGCCAGGGGAAUGUUCAACGCAGAAGAUUUCCGUUAGGCAUCAAGUAGAGGUCACCAGACGUCACUCAGUCAGCCGUGUGUUUCUAGAAAAAAAACACUGAAGCAUUUUGCAGCGAAAGUGUCCAUAAUAAUUAUGUGAAUUGUGUUUACAAAAUGUCAUACUUGAACAAUGUCUUGUGAUGAAAGCACUUGCAAUAAGUGCGCGUUUUGACUGAAGAAGGAGUGAGGUGUCCCUAUUUCAGGGGUUAAAUUAAUGCAGAAAAGGUGUCCUUAUAGAAGGGCUCUAUAUACCUUAUAUAGUGCUGCUAAUUGCACAUGUCGAAGUUACAAUCACACAGAUUAUCACAGAUUAAUUUGAGGGGUGAACGAUUGUGAAUGAGAUGACAAGGUCCUGAC